GUGUAAGGAGAAUCACUCAUCAGAAAUCAUCAAACUGAGUGAAAAUCCAAGAAAAAUCCUGAAAAUCCUGGGGAAAUGAGCCUGUUCCUGGGGUUUUUACUGCUUUUCUGGAAUCGCCCAGUCCCAGCUGAGUGCUUGACCCCAUUCCUUGCCUUCCAGCGGAGUGAGGCGCGUUCCAAGCAGACCCCGUCCUUCUCUGUGGUGGUGGCCAUCGACUUCGGCACCACCUCCAGUGGUUACGCCUUCAGCUUCACCAGCGAUCCCGAGGCCAUCCACAUGAUGAGGAAAUGGGAGGGAGGGGACCCGGGCGUGGCCAACCAGAAGACCCCCACCAGCCUCCUGCUGACCCCGGAGGGGACAUUCCACAGCUUCGGCUACACCGCCCGCGAUUACUACCACGACCUGGACCCCGAGGAGGCCCGCGAGUGGUUCUACUUCGAGAAGUUUAAGAUGAAGAUCCACAGCACCAGUGAUCUGACCAUGAAAACCGAGCUGGAAGCUGUCAAUGGCAAGAAGAUGCCGGCGCUGGAGGUGUUCGCCCACGCGCUGCGCUUCUUCAAGCAGCACGCGGUGCAGGAGCUGAAGGACCAGUGUCCGUCCCUGCCCGAGAGCGAUGCCAUCCGCUGGGUCCUCACCGUGCCCGCCAUCUGGAAGCAGCCGGCCAAGCAGUUCAUGCGGGAAGCGGCCUACAAGGCCGGGCUGGUGUCCCCGGAGACGCCGGAGCAGCUGCUGAUCGCGCUGGAGCCCGAGGCCGCCUCCAUCUACUGCCGGAAGCUGCGGCUGCACCAACUGAUCGAGCUGAGCUGCCGCCCCCCGGCCGGCGGGGCUGAGCCCCCCCAGCCCAUCGACUCCAGCUUCCGGCAGGCCCGGGAGCAGCUCCGGCGAUCCCGGCACAGCCGCACCUUCCUGGUGGAGUCGGGCGUGGGCGAGCUCUGGUCGGAGAUGCAGGCAGGUGACAGGUACAUCGUGGCCGAUUGUGGCGGGGGGACGGUGGAUCUGACCGUGCACCAGAUCGAGAAGCCGCAGGGGACGCUGAAGGAGCUCUACAAAGCCUCGGGAGGUCCCUACGGGGCCGUGGGUGUGGACCUGGCCUUUGAGAAGCUCCUGUGCCACAUCUUUGGGGACGAUUUCAUCGCCACCUUCAAGGCCAAGCGUCCGGCAGCCUGGGUGGACCUGACCAUCGCCUUCGAGGCCCGGAAGCGCGCGGCCGCCCCGAGCCGCUCCAGCCCCCUCAACAUCUCCCUGCCCUUCUCCUUCAUCGACUUCUACCGCAAACACCGCGGCCACAACGUCGAGACCGCGCUCCGCAAGAGCAAUGUCAACCUGGUGAAGUGGUCGUCCCAAGGGAUGCUGCGGAUGUCCCCCGAGGCCAUGAACGAGCUGUUCCAGCCAACCAUCACCCACAUCAUCCAGCACAUCGACACCCUCCUGAAGAAACCCGAGGUCCACGGCAUCAAAUUCCUGUUCCUGGUGGGCGGCUUCGCCGAGUCGGCCAUGCUGCAGCGGGCGGUGCAGGCCGCCUUCGGCCACCGCUGCCGCGUCAUCGUCCCGCAGGACGUGGGGCUGACCAUCCUCAAAGGGGCCGUGCUCUUCGGCCUGGACCCCGGCGUGGUGCGGGUGCGCCGCUCCCCGCUCACCUACGGCGUGGGGGUCCUCAACAAGUUCGUGGAGGGCAAGCACCCGCGGGAGAAGCUGCUGGUCAAGGAGGGCAAGAACUGGUGCACCGACAUCUUUGAGAAGUUCGUCACCGUGGACCAGUCGGUGGCGUUGGGCGAGGUGGUCCAGCGCAGUUACUGCCCGGCCCGGCCCGGCCAGCGCCGGACCAUCAUCAACAUCUACUGCUGUGACACCGAUGACGUGGUGUACAUCACCGACCCCGGCGUCAGGAAGUGCGGCACCAUCAGCCUGGAGCUGGGGGACGCGGGGGACGCGGGCCCGGCGCGGGGCCGGCGGGAGAUCCGCACCAGCAUGCAGUUCGGGGACACCGAGAUCAAGGUGACGGCUCUCCAACUGAGCUCCUCUGUCAUCAUGAGGACAAUCCCAGGACCUGCCACCAUCAACUUCCUGUCCAACUGAGGGGCCCUGGCAUUUUGGGGACAUCCCUGGAAUCUGCCACCAUUGAGUUCCCGUCCAUCUGAGACCCUCCUGGAGAUGCCACCGUGGACUUCAUCUCCACCUGAGGGAUGCUGUGAUUGUGGGGACACCCUUGGGAGAUGUCACCAUCAACUUCCUGUCCAAAUGAGAGUCCCUGCAAUUUGUGGGGGCAAUCCCAGGACCUGCCACCAUCAACUUCAUCUCCAAAUGAGAGUCCUGUCGUUGUGGGGACACUCGUGGGAGCUGCCACCAUCAACUUCCUGUCCAAAUGAGACCUCCCUGGAGAUGCCACCAUGGACUUCCUGUCCAACUGACAUUGGGACCACCAUUGUGGGGACCACUGGGAGAUGCCACCACUGACUUCAACUUCAACCGAGGCCAUCCUGGGAUCUUCCACCACUGAAUCCCGUCCAACUGAGAGUCCCUGUCAUUGUGGGGACAUCCCCAGGAGCUGCCACCAUCAACUUCAUCUCCAGCUUAAAGCCUGCCAACAUCAUGGGGACCUCUGGAGAUGCCACCAUGGACGCCUCGUCCAACUGUUACCUUCCUGGAGAUGCCACCAUGGAAUUCCUGUCCAACUGAGAUCUUGCUGGAGAUGCCACCACGGCAUUCCUGUAUAACUGAGACCUUGCUGGAGAUGCCACCAUGGAAUUCCUGUAUAACUGAGACCAUUUUGGAGAUGC